AUGGGUGAGAAGGAGAAACAGGAAAGCCUGAAAAAGAUUGGCAAGUCCUCAGAGCCAGCGAGGAGGUCUACUGGUGGUGUGAAGAUUCUCCCUCCUACUGGGGACAAGGGCAAAGGGCCAGCGAAGAAGUCAGCUGGUAGUUCCAAGGCUCUCCCCUCUGCCGGUGGAAAGGGUAAGGGCAAAGCUGUGGUGCCCUCGGCUGACGAACCAGAGGAUCUUGUUCCUGGGCCGAUUUCGAGUCUGUCGGGGCAGAAAUUAAUUGAUGCUUUGAUAGCUCGUGUCCAUUCUCAGGAUCAGGAAAAGAUGGAGGCGCUGACGCGCGGGGCUUUGGCUACUAAGUUGUGCCAGCUGGCUCUUCAGAUGGAAUCCGGGAUCUGGGGAGCUGUCAAGUGUAUUCAUGAUUAUGAAUGUGUCUGA